CCAAAACAGGAACCCCAAGUUGCGAGGGCCUCCUUGGAAUACACCAGGUCACAAACGUCAUCCAGGACUUAUACCACCACCGGGCCUGAGAGCUGCAACUUUGAUGUUGAUGAAGGAAAUUUCAACCAGACUGUAACAGAGACAUCAUCAUCACCCAUGGGGAAAAGUAGGACCUUCCUGAGUUUCACAAGUCACAUCAGAGAGUCCAGCAGCUAUCAGAGUGCAGAAUCAAUUCAGUUCCCUGGUGACCAGGACCUCCGUUUCACCCGAGUCCCCUUGGGGAUACAUUCUGUUGUUGGGCAGUCCUUCAUCAAAAUUGAAGGGAGUAAUAAUACAUUGGUACACUCAGAGGCCAAAAUUCAUAACAACAAUGAGGUGGGAGUAACAAAGGCUCAUUUGAGCAACACAGGUGGGGGACACCUGGUGGGCUGACUUGGAUUACAAUUUUUUUUUCUUUUUUGCUCUUUUGCUCUUCUGCUGUUUUUGUGUUUUGUUUUCACUACUAGUGAUAAUUUUUACUGCUGCUCUGGGUAUUCAAUUUUUUUUCUUUUCCUAUAUAAAAAUAACUGGUGGAUGCAAUUUUGGGUGCAUGGUGGGCCAUUUGGAUUAUAAAUUGUAACUCUGCAAGACUUGGCUCCAGGGAUAUAUUUGGAUUAGGGUUUGAAAAACCUGAAGAUAAGAAGCAGCUUAAGGAAUUGGAGUUGGAUUAUAAGUAACAAUUUUACCCUUCUCAGGGAUUACAAUUUAAUUAUAUAACUGGUGGAUUAUAAAUAUCAAGAUUUUUAAAUAUGAAGAAAACAACAUCAACAUCAUUGUCAGCACCUGCUUCCAUGGCCUCCAGCCCCACUGGCAAAAGAACGAUGGAGGCCAUCCUUCAACAAGAAAAGACUAACUCUGCACAAGCACAAGCAGAAAUAAAAGCUAUGAUACAAAUCUUCCAUGAGGAUCUGAAGGAAAGAAUAGGGAAAGUAGAAGAGAGGAUUGAAGAGAAAAUUGAAAAAGUAGAGAAUAAACUAGAGAACUUACAGCAAAUAAUGGAGAAAAAUGAACAACGCAUACAAAAAAUAGAAGAAAAAGCUAAAAUGACAGAAAAAAGAGUGGGAGAACUUGAUUACAGACUCACAACAGCAGAUCAAAGUAAAGAAAAAGACAAUAAUGUGCUUAGAAAUGGAUAGAGCUGAUUAUUAUUUGAGAUUCCAGAAUAUGGAGGAAGAAAAGGGAGAAAAUUUGGCAGAGAUAAUGGCAGACAUGUUGGCAGAUGCAAUGGAAGAACAUAAGGAAAAAGUUUGGCUGACAUUGAUGAAAGCUUUAGAGUUCACACGAGAUAUGUGAUAAGAAAUAAACUUCCUAGAGAGGUUCAUGUUAGGUUCACGAAGAAAGCAAUAAAAACAGAAAUUUUGCAGAGAACGAGAGACAACCCUUUGAAAUACAAAGGGAAAGAAAUAGUAGUGUUGAAACAAAUCCUGAGAAGAGUUAGAGAUUUAAGAGAAUACCAUUUUUGACAAAGUGUUUAAUCAAAAAAGGAGUGAACUUUAAAUGGCUGAUACCAGAAGGAAUUUUGGUGACUUGGCAUGAAUAAAGACACAGACUGGAUUCAAUAGAGAAGGCAGAACAAUUUUACCAUCCGUACUUUGGACCAGUAGAGGAAGAGAGGCUGAGAGAGGAAAGAGAGAUUAGACGGCAGGAGGAAAUCACCAAUGGAAGAGACACGCUACAAAAGGAGGAUGUAAGAGAACUGGAGGAAAGAGCAACAAGAGAAGGAGCAAGACCAAGAGAAGCAAGAAAGAGCGACUAGGGCAACAAAACCCAUUUAUGAGUAAACAAUAUGGAAGAAAAAAAUAGUUAUUUUCAAUUAAUAUAAAUGGACUGAAUUCAGCUAUAAAAAGAAAAAGAACCUUUAAUAAAUUAGAAAAAUUAAAAUUGGACAGUCAACUCCCAAAGUUGUUAUGGUGAGAGAAGGAAAGGGAGCUCAUUCCAUGCAUACUUACGGCUUAAAUUACUGCAGCAGGCUUGGGAGGGGUGCACCUCAUUGGGGAAUGUGAUGCCACCUCAUUGGGGAAGUGAUGCCUUUCAGACUGCAGGGAGCCCCAGCAGUGUUCAUGCAGUUAAUAGACGUGCUGCAUGAGCACCUCUACAAGGGGCU